AACAGUCAGCAUCAUUCACAUGUGCUCACGUAGCACUAUUGACCGGUUUUAAACUCUAGUUGUAACUCCACUAUAUUGUUGUACUCGCGCGGGAAGCGGCAACUCAAUGCGUUUCACAUGCCUAGAAAUGGCGGAGGGAAGUCGAAAGUCGCAUCGGGAUUCUGAAACGUGCCCAAACUGUUUAUCAUCGCUUGAAAAUCCCAAAGUUCUACCGUGUUUACAUACUUUUUGUAAGCGAUGUUUGAGUGAAGCGUUGCAUCGAGAUCUGGAUGGACGGUUGAAUUUGAAAUGUUUGAAGUGUCAAAGGGAUUUUGCUUUGCGAGACGAAGGUGAAGAUCCUUUGGAUGAACUACAAGAGUUUUCACCGUUUCUUGGUAGGGAUAUUUUCAACGUAUUCCCUCCACAACCGGACGUUGUCGAUACUACUAGCCUGAUUCAGGCAGUCAUACGAGAGUGUAGCAACUGCGGUGAUGGCAUCUGGGUCACUUCAUACUGCAAGGACUGCAGUGAAUAUUUGUGUGAAAACUGUGUUCGAGCUCAUAACAGAGUAAGACUGACUAAAGAUCAUCAAAUUGUAUCUCUUAUGGAAGGAGCUUUCUUAAACCAAGGAGCUAUGACAGCAAAAUGUACCGCGGAUGUCGAUCCAUCUACUCGUCCUACUUCAUUACAAGAUAAAACAUCCAACGGUCAAACACGUUGCGAAAUACACGAAAAUGAAAUACUUAGGCUAUUUUGUGAGACAUGUUAUCAUCCUAUAUGUAGAGAAUGUAUGUAUAACGAUCACAGAGCACAUAAUUUAGUGUAUUUACGAGAUGCUACAGAGAAUACCAGAGGAGCAGUAGGCAAACUACUGGAUGACUCCAAAGCUGAAUGUAGAAAUAUAGAAGAAGCCAUAAACCUAGCACAAAGAACAUUAGAACAAGUAGACUUCAAAACACAGAUUGUUAGCAAAGAAAUCAGAUCUACGAUCCGAAGACACAAGUUAGCUCUUGAAGAACGAGAGAGAGAGCUGUUGCGUCGAGUCGAGAAAGUCAGACAAGUGAAAGGAAAGUCUCUUCAAAUGCAAGUGGAGGAGCUACAGACGUAUUUAUCUAACAUUUUACAAGUUUCGGAUGGUUCUGAAUUGUCUCUUGAUCAAGCUUCAGAUACGGAACUUAUGUCUAUUAAAGCAAGAUUAACGGAAACGUUGAACGAUCUUCGUCACAAACGUGGCAUACUUCAACCCCACGAGGAUGAUUCCAUCGUGUUCACACCUCCCGAUCUUGCUCUACAAACUGCAAUCAGCUCUCUUGGGAUCGUAAGUAGUUCAGCAUUUGCGCCUUAUUGUUUUGCCAGUGGAGAGGGUCUGCGUCGCGGUGUACGCGGAAAGGAUGUCAUGUUUGUUGUUCAAAGUAGAGACCAUCAUAACGAGAAUCGCGGGAUCGGAGGGGACCCCUUACAUGUAGUGGUACAAGGACCUGAUGGGAUAUUGUACCGUGGGGAUAUAUCGGAUCGUCAAAAUGGGGUCUAUAUUGUAACUUAUAAACCUCAAAUCGAGGGAGAACAUAUAAUUUCUGUAACUAUUCGAGGACAACAUAUCUUAGACUCCCCAUUUCGGGUAGAGAUAAAGAAAGGUCGAAAUUACACUGGCAUUGGGCCAGUACUACUCUCCUUUGGAUCCGAGGGCGAGUCGGGAGGACAGUUGUGUCGUCCUUGGGGCGUUUGUUGUGAUAAGAACGGCAAUAUUAUCGUGGCUGAUCGCAGCAACAACAGAAUUCAAAUCUUCGAUAGCAACGGGAAAUUCGUUCACAAGUUCGGUUCUGCUGGUAGUCGUAACGGGCAGUUUGAUCGGCCUGCAGGAGUAACUUGUGAUAACGAAAGGGGAACUAUCAUUGUGGCGGACAAGGACAAUCAUAGAAUUCAAGUCUUUACUCAGGAUGGUAACUUUGAGCUCAAGUUUGGAGAGAAGGGCAGCAAAAACGGACAGUUCAGCUACCCCUGGGAUGUGGCCGUGAAUAGCGAGGGGAAUAUCCUAGUUUCGGACACGCGUAACCACAGGGUCCAACUGUUUUCUCACGAUGGACAUUUUAUAAACAAGUAUGGUUUCGAGGGAAUUCACUGGAAACACUUUGAUUCUCCGCGCGGCGUUGCGUUUACUCAUGAUGGGAAAAUGAUUGUCACCGACUUCAACAACCAUCGUCUUCUUGUCAUCUCGGGAGAUUGCAAAAGUGCGCAGUUUCUUGGUUCUGAGGGCAGUGCCAUUGCGCAGUUUGUGCGUCCACAGGGUGUGUGUGUAGAUCAAGAAGGUAAUAUCAUUGUUGCAGAUUCACGUAAUCAUCGCAUUCAGAUCUUCCAGCCCAAUGGGAAUUUUCUAUGCAGCUUUGGAAGUCAUGGUCAUGCUCUUGGACACCUUGACCGACCUUCAGGAAUCUGUGUUACUCCAGAUGGGCUCAUAGUUGUUGUAGACUUUGGUAAUAAUCGCAUUCAAGUAUUUUAAUGUCAUGUUCCUUAUAAUGUUUAUAGUGUGGUUUACACGCUGCAUUUGUAAUGCGUGUAUUUUGUAUUCUAAUCCACUUUAAAUGUUUACUAUGUAACAAUCAUGUCUUAAUUUCAACUUCUGAAAUAUUCUUAUACUUCAACGGUUUUUCACCUUGUUUUGUUACACAGAAAACUGUUGAACUGUAAGAAUAUAGACAGAUACGAAUUACAUUUUCCUGUUUUGUUAUCAAAAUCAUUACCAAAUUGCAACUACCUCUUACAAUUGCGUGAGGUAACGUGCUGCACUUACAUGUAAUACAAAUCGUUUAAAAGAAACUUUUCGGUGGACAAGUGAGCCACAUUUGAAUUUUUUGGAUCAUUUAGGAGUAUUCUCUUUAGUUUUCUAAUCUCAGUUACAAAUUCAAACAAAAGAAUACUAUUCUAGAAAGACAAUAGGACUUAUGUAUUUAUUGAUUUGCGUAUAAAUGGCGCAACGAAUUAUGAUACGCGCAAAUGRCUUGUGCGCGUCCUCGAAUUGACGUCGAAUUAUGUUAUUUAUCGCACAUAUAUUCUUGAUUAUUUAUGAAUUUAAAAUUCCAGAUUAAAAGUGUAUUAUUAUUAUUAUUAUUUCCAUUGAGAUAUUUUCAGCUAAAAUGGCUUUGUAUUUAAAAGUAUGGUUCAAACGUACCGACGCMUUUUUGAUUGAUGCAAAGGUGUGAACUUCUUUAAUGAAAAGCUUUUCUUCAAAAUAGCGUAUUCACUAAAAGACCUAAAAAGCUUUUGACUGUAUUUUUGGACACUGCUUUGAAGUUAGGUAUAAACUUUGUUGCUACAGGUAAUUCUGAAGUUCAGGCUUGAUAAUUAAGCAAAUGUAGUUAUCUCCGCUCUUGCCUUCUUGUCGCAUUCUGUUCUGAAUUCAAAUCCUAAAUUGAACUCUAGUUUACUUAGUGUAAUGCGUUCUUUGUUAUUCAAAAAAUAGUCUUUUAGCGUAAUUAUCAACGUAAAGGCAGAGUCAUGUCGCUAAAAAGCAAAGAGUUUGACAAUCGCAGAUAUCUUGGAAAGGAGAAGCGAAGGUGUUCUAUAAUUGUUAAAAGCUUCCAGAAAAACCACUAAGUUUUACUAUAAACUCGUUAUGUUGACAAAUUACAUUUGGAUUGUCCGUUUUUCUGACAAUAUAGAAUUAGAAAGUAAAUGAGCCUGGCAAUAGGCUCCGAAAACUCUCGCAGAUUUUCAUAUAGGAAAGUUGCUGCAACCAGAAGUAAAACAGAAAAUAUGAACGUUCCAGAAAACGUUAACGGCUAAUGCCUCAUUUUUAUAUUCGUGCGACACAAUCGCGGAAAAUACCAUUAUAGGUGAUAAGAAAUAUUACAAAAUUUAAGAAUACAAGCACAAAGUGAACUCAAAAAGGUUAUUUUUCUAACACAUAGAAGAAGUGGACUUAUCCACCCACCUAAAGCAUAUUAAAGUAGCUCAACAUUGAGCCUUAGCUCAAGCUCUAAGGUCUGCAGAGCAGAUCUUUUUACCGCAACGAAUGUUAGUACAAAGAUUAUAUCAAUUAUAGUUCCAGUUAUAGCUUAAUUUUUCAAUUUAGACAUUAUAUCUCCUUGUUUAGAAUUUUCAUAGUUCUAGUUCAUUGAUCAAAACUGGGUGCUUGACCUCGGGAUUAACCUUAAGCCAGGUCCUUCCUGGCUAUGUUUCCUGGUAUUGUACCAAUCUGUCAUUAUUUGUCACCUUCCUGCAUUCCAGUUUUGAUGGACUAAAGCUAGAAACCAUGGCAUAUUAGUGCCAAGUUGAUUUCCAACAUUUAUUCCCAUUUAUAGACAUUUUUUCCUGCUAGUAAUUAUUAUUGUAGUGUUGGCUGAUUUAUUCGUGCUAUGUUAAUUAAGACAGUAUGGAGUGUUUGAAGAAAUUCCCAAUUUACUAAUUAUAAAUUAAAGUUUAUAUACAUCUAUGGUUUUCAAAACUAAUUCCUCUUCAUUAUCAGAUACCUGAGCUUUUUUUCUUGUGAUUUUAACUUUGUUUUUAGUAAGUAAUGAUAUAAGCUGGAAUUUUACUAGAUGUUUUUAAUUGUUGUCUUUGCACUUCAUUCAUAAAGACCAAAGGACUACUUAUCUUUUACUUUGUUCAUUAAUUUGUGUGCUAAUUUGAAGAAAUAAGUUUUGAAAACCAUGAAAUAGUUACAGUGCGUUGUUACAACGACAUUAUUCCAAUAUGCCCAUUUAUAAGGGUCACCAUUCAGUGAACUUUUAAAAAAUUAAUGUAUUUUGAUUGAAGCUGAUGAGGAAAAUAUUAUGUGAAAUAAAAAGUGUUUUCUUGUUAA